GCAACUUUCACCCCCACCCCUCCAUCUUGGCGGAGCAGCUGAGCAUCAUUGGAAGCAGAAAGAAAAGCGUCAACAUGACUGAGUGUGUCCCUGUCCCCAGCUCUGAACAUGUAGCCGAGAUUGUGGGGAGACAAGGCUGUAAGAUCAAAGCCCUGCGUGCUAAAACCAACACCUACAUCAAGACGCCCGUCAGAGGGGAGGAGCCCAUCUUCAUCGUGACCGGGAGGAAAGAGGAUGUGGAAAUGGCCAAGAGGGAGAUUCUCUCGGCCGCCGAACACUUCUCCAUGAUUCGAGCAACACGCAACAAGGUCAACGGGCUGACGGGCACCGUGCCGGGUCCCCCUAAUCUGCCGGGGCAGACCACCAUCCAGGUGAGAGUCCCCUACCGGGUGGUGGGCCUGGUGGUGGGACCCAAGGGAGCCACCAUCAAGAGGAUCCAGCAGCAGACGCACACGUACAUCGUCACCCCCAGCCGAGACAAAGAGCCCGUCUUCGAGGUGACGGGGAUGCCCGAGAACGUGGACCGGGCCCGGGAGGAGAUCGAAGCCCACAUCACCAUGAGGACAGGCUCCUUCAUCGACAUCAACGCCGACAACGACUUCCACUCCAACGGCACCGACGUCUGCCUCGACCCCGGCCUCCCCCCGCCCCGGCCGGAGAGCGGCGUGGCCCUGGAGCACCCCCUCCCCCGCCGCAUCCAGAGCGACCCGGUCAGCACCUUGUCUUGGCUGCCCACCCAGGGCUCGCUCUCCUCCUUCUCCAACAGCACAGGCUACUCCUCCUCCUCCUCCCUGCCCGGCAGCAUCUCCGGCACCUCCGGCUCCCCCACAGAUUCCAGCAGCUCCGACGGGCACCGGAAGAGCUCCCGGGAGUGCAUGGUGUGCUUCGAAAGCGAGGUCAUUGCCGCCCUGGUGCCCUGUGGCCACAACCUCUUCUGCAUGGAGUGCGCCAUUCGCAUCUGCGGCAAAGCCGAGCCGGGCUGCCCGGCCUGCCACACCCCGGCCACUCAAGCCAUCCACAUCUUCUCAUAGCUGUCCAUCCCGAGUCCGAUGAGCUGGGCAGCCGCCCCCACCCUCACCCCUCUCCCUACAACACAGCUUUUUAAGAACUUUUAA